GCUGUCAGUUUGUAAACGCAAGCGCGUCCCCGACUCUGAAGGCGAAUGCGGCAGGAAAAAACAAGGAUUGCAAGAGAGAAAAGUCGGCAUACUCUAACCUCGAGAUCAUACGUUCCUUAUUUUGGAACGAAAAACACGUCCUUUUGGCUUGUAUAACUGUCCGAACUAGCUAAGGAUAUUCAGGAAAAACUAUAGGCUAGUUACCAAACUAGUUGUGUGUUUCCUGUAGCCACUGACUACGCUACUCCCUCCAUCCAUCACGUUACAUCCAGUGAGCUGGACAACUUCGAUCGUUUUGUGAUCUGUCAUCAAGGCUCUAGACCGAUGCAGUUUAGAACUGACUGGUAACCCUUCUGCAGGCGUUCCUCUCGUCUCAUUUUUGGAGCCAGAGCUUUUGGGGGGCAGAGUCCUGCGUUAGUGGCAGAGCCUCCAUCCCCCAGUUAGCCGGAGUCGUCAUUAUACAUCGGAACACUGUCGCUGUCGAAGUGUGUUGGUUGGAUUGAACUGAUCUGAUCUUCUGACUGGGGAAACCGCAGCAGCUGCAAGCCAAGCCCUCUGCUUGACCACCCCUGGCCCCGCCUACACCUCCCUGCUGCCACCAUGGUUCUGUCACAACGGCAACGAGACGAACUAAAUCGAGCGAUAGCUGAUUACCUUCGUUCAAAUGGAUAUGAAGAGGCAUAUUCAACUUUCAAGAAGGAGGCAGAAUUAGACGUGAAUGAAGAAUUGGAUAAGAAGUAUGCCGGCCUUUUGGAAAAGAAAUGGACCUCAGUCAUCAGAUUACAAAAGAAGGUGAUGGAGCUGGAAUCGAAGCUGAACGAGGCCAAGGAGGAGAUCACCCUAGGUGGGCCCAUAGCCCAGAAGCGUGACCCCAAAGAGUGGAUCCCUCGCCCGCCGGAGAAGUACGCACUGAGCGGCCACCGCUCCCCUGUCACACGCGUCAUCUUCCACCCAGUCUUCAGCGUCAUGGUGUCCGCCUCCGAGGACGCCACAAUAAAGGUGUGGGACUAUGAGACAGGAGACUUUGAGCGGACGCUGAAGGGCCACACUGACUCUGUCCAGGACAUCUCCUUUGACCAGACUGGCAAGCUGCUGGCCUCCUGCUCUGCAGACAUGACCAUCAAGCUGUGGGACUUCCAGGGCUUUGAGUGCAUCAGAACCAUGCAUGGACACGAUCACAAUGUUUCGUCCGUAGCCAUCAUGCCCAAUGGAGAUCAUAUAGUAUCUGCCUCUAGGGACAAAACCAUUAAAAUGUGGGAGGUGGCCACUGGUUACUGUGUGAAGACGUUCACGGGCCACAGGGAGUGGGUGAGGAUGGUCCGGCCCAAUCAGGAUGGCACCCUGAUCGCCAGCUGCUCCAAUGACCAGACUGUGCGUGUGUGGGUGGUGGCGUCCAAAGAGUGCAAGGCCGAGCUGCGGGAGCACGAACACGUGGUGGAGUGCAUCUCCUGGGCCCCUGAGAGCGCUCAUCCCACCAUCUUGGAAGCCACCGGCUCAGAGUCUAAGAAGAGUGGUAAGCCGGGCCCCUUCCUGCUGUCUGGCUCCAGAGACAAGACCAUCAAGAUGUGGGACGUCAGCAUUGGGAUGUGCCUUAUGACACUGGUUGGCCAUGAUAACUGGGUGCGCGGGAUGCUUGUCCACCCCGGAGGCAAGUUCAUAUUAAGCUGUGCUGACGACAAGACCUUAAGGAUCUGGGACUACAAGAACAAGCGCUGCAUGAAGACUCUGAGUGCCCAUGAACACUUUGUUACCUCUCUCGAUUUCCACAAGAAUGCGCCGUAUGUUGUCACCGGGAGCGUAGAUCAAACAGUAAAAGUGUGGGAGUGUCGCUGAUCCGAUCAGGCCUAAGAAGAUCGGACCACCACCAUCCCAAUUACCACCCCACCUCCUCUCACCCCACCUCCUAUAGGCCUCAUUCCACCUAACACUAUCUCUUUCAUCACCUCUGGUUACACUCACACACCAUGGUUAAUACCUUAUCCUGUCAUCACGCUCUCUGGUCCAAUAACUAUGGUCCUUUUAUGUACAUUAUUCUGGAUGUAGAUUGAGCUAUUAAAUGUUACACAGCAAAAAAAGUGUUCUUGCAUGGUGAUGAUGAAUCCAAAAUUGUAUACUGUAAAUUUACAUAAGGUUGUCUAGAAGUACCAUAGGUUUAACAUGGGUGGGGCUGGCUAAGUCUGUUGUCACAUGCAGCCUUACCUACCUACUUAUUGAAGGCAGAUGUUUCUUUGUGUGCGUCACAAAUGCCACACUAUUCCCUAUAUGUUGCAAUACCUAUGAACAGGGCCUAUGUGCCCUGAUCCAAGGUAGUACACUACAGGGAAUAGGGUGCCUUUUGGGACACAUUCUUUGACUGGGUGUAAAACGUAGGGCGCUAACACUGAUCAUUUUAAAAACGACUGUCGUUUCUUUUCGUGUCAGAUUUAUUAUUUUUGUCACUUUUUUCCCCCUGUUUAUUUUAUUUUUGUUAUUUUCUCUCCUUUUCACUGUUGUAGUCUGUCAGUGACCUUUUUGAGGGGGAAAAGGAAAAGUAUAAUCCCUUGAUGUCGGAGGAUAUGAGAUUGUCUGUCUGUGGGGGUUUUGUUAUUGGAAUAAUCUGUAGCUUUGUAACAUCACUUCUGAAGUGUGCAUACCAUUUCUCUUCAUGUGGAACUAGAUAAUAUAUUAAUGGCUGCAUAUACGAUUGUUUCAAACUGUUGUCUAUCUUCGGUCAUCUGGGGGUUGAGAAAACAAAACAGCUUUGUACUCUUGUCAUGACGACGCGUCCUAAACUGAGUAGCAAAACCACACCUGAUAGGCUUAGAAUUAUCCAAUCCAAUGACUGAAUUAUGUUUAUUGAAUCGGAACCUUUCUAUAUUGGCAUCUGAAUGAAUUAACCUGGCUAGGCUGCGCAGCUGGUGAUCUUAUUUCAGUGGGUUAGCAUUUUGGCUGAAAACUCAGUGGACUGAUGACUUUCAGGUUAGCAUUUAGGCAAUGUGAGCCGAUAGUGUGAGGUUACUCCUCCCUGAAACGCUGCCCCCUGUCUGUUCGGACUGGUACUGGACCUUAUGGUUGGCCGCAACUGAUCAGGCGACCGACCGCCUCAGCCUUUCUUUAGCACUUGGCCCUUUAGCAACUGACUUCAGGGAUAUCACCUCUUUUUAAUCUCAAGCACUUGAAAAGAAAGACCUUUAGGUGUCUCCCUCCCUCUGUAAGAUGUCUCACUGUUGUCUCAAGUCUAACCUGAGUGAUUUCCACUGGACUCAACUGAACCUUCUCCCUUUUUCUAACCAUAUGACGAAUCAGGUGUCAGCUGGGUUUUAUUAUCCCUUAUACUAUAGGAAUCAUGUAAGAGAUUUGAUGCUCAGUUGGCCAUCGUCUUGUGCUGCUUGCUUCUAUGGGCUGUGUAAAUUAGGGAGGGUAGUAAGCUUAAGCCUUAGCUCUGGAUGAAAUAUGCAAGUUUCAAACACAGUCGGACACAGUCAGAGAGACGUCGUCAUAGCAUGACAAGGAGUCAAAGUUGCCCCUCUGGUUUUGAUGUGCAAAAUAUCUCCCUGGAAAAAUACAAAGAAUUGAGAGGUAAUAAAGCUGUUUCUGUGAGGGAGAAAGACAUGUAAACUAAAGCUUUUUACUGAGCUGUAGGUAAGUGUCCAAAUCUGUGUUUCCACUGAACUGACUGGGUAACUUUCGGGGGGGAUUCAUUAAUUCAGUUGGUGAUGAAAUAAAAUGCUAGCAGUAGACAUGCUAAUGAAUGAUUGUGUUCUCUGUACAGUAGAGGUCUGAUGGUUGUAGUUCUUGUAUAGGGAUCUUCACCCCUAAGACUACAUACAGCAGCUCCCUUGCCACAGACCGACGUUGGUCUUGGGCUAGACCUACUAGGAUCUGUUUGUGCACAGGAGAGUGCUUAGACACCAUUCCUAGGGAAGAGCUCUUGGGUCAAAACUCUUCAGGACUGACUCUAACACAUUGCAGUAGUCUCCAGGGUGGCAAGCACAUCUGUAUCCUAUUCUGUUCAUCUUAAUGAGCUAGAAGGCUGAAGAAAUAAUGAAAAAUGACAAUUGGAACUAAUUCUAAUCUAACCAAAUCUAUCUAUGACAAUGGAGACCAACCAUUCCCCCCAACAACAAAAAAUAACAUCUUGCUUCUUACUCUGCAGCAGGCGAGGAAGAAUCCUAUUAUCUUGCACAUCCCUGCUUUUCGUUAGCUCUUUGGUCCUUUGUCCGACUGGCGAUCGAAGAGAAAUUAAGACUCAAUAAAAUGCAUAAACAAAAUAUCAUUUUUUAAAAUCAGCCUUUUUGCAUUAUGAUGCAAUUCUCUAAUAAUAAAGUACUCCACUUGCUUAA